AUGACAGCAGAGGCGAACCCUAUGAAGAAUAUCAAAAUAGAAAAGUUGGUUAUCAAUAUUAGUGUUGGUCAAUCAGGUGAUCGCCUCACCCGUGCAGCAAAGGUAUUGGAACAAUUAACGGACCAGAAACCCGUUUUUGGUCAGGCUCGCUUUACUAUUCGUUCCUUCUCUAUCCGUAGGGCUGAAAAGAUAUCGUGCUAUGUUACUGUUCGUGGUGAUAAAGCCGAAGAGAUUCUCGAGAAAGGUUUGAAAGUAAAGGAGUAUGAACUUCGUAGAAGAAAUUUCUCUGCAACUGGUAAUUUUGGUUUCGGAAUAGAUGAACAUAUUGAUUUAGGUAUCAAAUAUGACCCCAGCACCGGUAUCUAUGGUAUGGAUUUUUUUGUACAAUUGACUAGACCAGGUAACCGUGUUAGUCUAAGAAGGAAAUGUAGAUCUAAGGUUGGCAAGCACGGGAGAGUUACAAAGGAUGAAGCUAUGCAAUGGUUCCAAUCUAAAUAUGACGGUAUUAUCUUGAACUGA